ACCGUCUGCACUCUGCGUACUGCGUCUGUGCCCUAAAUCCUAAUUCCUUAAUCCUUAAUGCUGUCUGCAACAACCGACAACCUACUCGGCGACAACCUAAUUCUCUAAUGCCGUCUGCGACGUCCUCGGCGACGGUACUCGAACUCGGCGACGGCGAGCGGCGCAAGCCCAGGUCUCCCUUCUCCUUACUCCGUACUCGGCGUUCGACAGUAGGUGCCCCGGUCUCCCUUCUCGGCGUCUCCGGUCUCCCUUCUCCCUUCUCCGUUCGGCAGACCGGCAGUAGCUCUAGCUCCAGAUGGUGGAUUCUACUACUCCGGCUCAGAGAAGUUUCCUCCAUUCCCAGAGAGAUUCUCAAAGAACUCUGUACUUAUACUCCAUCUCUCUCUGGCUGCACAUACAAAUAUCGUGUAUGUCUAAUGUGAAUACAGUUAUACAGAUCAUGAGAUAUGAUGAUCUAGGGUAUUGUGCUGGUGUACUACCCACAUCACUGACAAAAGAGAAGUAGAGUUCCUCAAAGAUCAGUGAAGUAAAUAAUGGCCACAAAAACUGGAGUCUUGACAAUCAAAGGGUUAGAAGAUAUGUUGAUGCCCAUUUUGAGAAAUUGUAAGAACAUAGCCCACAUGAAGAAAAUACAUUCCCAAGUGAUUAAGUUUUCAUUGACACAAAGCAAUUUCUUGGUGGCAAAAAUGAUAGAUUUUUGUGAUAAAAUUGGGGCUAUAGAAUAUGCUAGUUUGCUAUUCAAGCAUGUUGAAGAGCCAAACAUAUAUUUGUUCAAUUCUAUGAUCAGAGCCUACACGCAGAAGCAUAUGUAUGUAUCCUGCAUAGAUGUGUAUACAAUGAUGAUGAGACAACUCAAACGUGAAGAGCCCAUUUUUCCUGAUUCAUAUACGUAUCCAUUUGUUAUUAGGUCAUCUGGAGGCCUUCUAAGCGCAGAUUUGGGUAAACAAUUUCAUGGGCAUGUAUGUAAAUUAGGGUUGGAGUCCAAUAAUGUGAUAGAGAAUUCAUUGCUAAAUAUGUAUGUUAAGUGUGAGGAAAUAAGUGAAGCACAUAAGCUGUUUGAGGAAAUGGCUAUGAGAGAUGUGAUUUCUUGGAAUAGUCUUAUUUCUGGGUACCUAAAGUUGGGUAAAGUUAGAAGGGCAAGAACCUUAUUUGAAGAGAUGCCUGAUAAGAAUAUUGUUUCUUGGACAACUAUGAUUUCUGGUUACACGAAAAUCGGGUGUUAUGGGGAUGCAUUAGAUGUUUUUAGGAGAAUGCAGAUGGCUGGGGUGAAACCCGAUUGGAUCAGUUUAGUUGCAGUUUUGCCAGCUUGUGCACACCUGGGGGCACUAGAGGUAGGAGAAUGGAUUCACUUUUAUGCGGCUAAAAAUGGGUUAUUGAGGAGGACUUGUGUAUGCAAUGCACUGAUGGAAAUGUAUUCAAAGUGUGGUAAUGUGAACAAAGCUUGGCAGGUGUUUAAUGAGAUGUCCGAUAGGGAUGUGAUCUCUUGGAGUACGAUGAUUGGGGGUCUAGCAAAUCACGGAAGAGCUCACGAUGCCAUAGGGUUAUUCAAAGAAAUGGAAAAGACCAAUGUUAAACCAAAUGAGAUCACAUUUGUUGGUCUAUUAUCAGCUUGUGGACAUGCUAAUCUUGUGGAUGAGGGUUUGAGGUACUUUGAUUCUAUGAGAGAUGAUUAUAAGAUAAGCCCUGAUAUCGAACAUUACGGUUGUCUUGUUGAUCUUCUUGCACGUGCAGGGAACCUCAACCGUGCUCUUGAAAUCAUAAGGAGCAUGCCGAUGAAGGCAGACUCUGCAAUAUGGGGUUCUCUGUUGAGUUCUUGCAGAACUCAUCGAAAUCUCGAAACUGCAGUCGUUGCAGUGGAGCAUCUAUUUGAACUUGAACCUGACGAUACUGGUAACUAUGUUCUUCUAGCAAACAUCUAUGCAGAUAUGGGAAAGUGGGAUUGUGUAUCAGCAAUGAGGAGAUUUAUAAGGAGUAAGAGCAUGAAGAAAAUGCCAGGCUGCAGUCUCAUUGAGGUAAACAGUGUGGUUCAAGAAUUUGUUUCUGGUGAUAAUUCAAAGGCGUUUUCAAAGGAUAUCUAUCAAGUGCUACAGCUUUUGGCCUUGCACCAGAGCAAAGCUAGUAACAUAAUUGAAACCACAAAUGGGGAUGAAUUCCUUGACAUUCAUUUUCUUUGAUAUUUAUUGUUCAUUCGAUAGCCGAAGAAGUACUUAUCAAUGCAGAAUGAUAGUAUGCUGGACAUUGAAAACAAAUUUUCCAUUGAGGUGAUAGAGAACAAGGAUCAUUGACUGAAAUGUGUAAGUAGGAAAA